AUGCAAAUACUUCACACUUUUUUACUGCUUUUGGUGGCAAAUUGCUCUGCUCAGAUAGUUAAAUCUUCAGUCAUUGAUCGAUUGGCCAUGAACCUUGCUGGUGCUUUUGUGAAAUCAAUCUUUCCGCAAAUAGAAAGAAAAACGAAGACUCCACAGUUGCCUUUAAACAUCGAAGAGAUACGACGAGCGCCAUCUGGUUUAUUUGACUUAACCAGCAGCGGACAAAACGGAUUAUAUUCUUGUAAGCCAGCGUUACGUUUGUUACUUUAUCAAACGGUGGACAACCGUUUGGUCUUGGUAGAGAAAAUUUGGAACAUUGAUGCUAUCAACCAAUAUCGCAAAGAGCGGUACUUAGCCGAACUACAGCGCCAUCAAAAUGAACUCAGCCAAUAUGCUGCAAAACAAAUGGAAUAUUUGGACCAACAACGAAAAUAUCAGCAGGCUAUGCUAGAUCAUCAAGCUGGUGCUGCGGUAAUUCUUUAUGGCUUACUCGUUUCAUCAGAGGUCAAGAGUCAAUAUCACAAACGUUCAAAACAAAACAAGUCAAACAGUCGAUAUAUCGGCAGUAUCCGUGACCAACAAACAGGAGGUCAUGUUUUGCAAAAUGCAAAGAAUAAGGUCCUGACAAAGCAGUUUAAGAUUUUAGACGACCGUGAAGAAUACGCGAGCGACGACUACUUGCGUAAAUUUUUUAAAAGUAAUUACGGCAUUGAUAUUAAUGAAAAUAUGGAUAGCAAAUUGUUGACUGAAGAAGAACGAAAUACUCUGAGAGAGCUGAAAGAACAUCUGAUCCAAGAAAUAAAACUAAUAUCGUCAGUAUUUCAUUUUAGUGAAUUCCCAACACGAAGCCAAUCCCGGCUUCCCAUUACUGAAACUACAAAUCAUGAAUUAACCCUUGAAGAGCCAAAUGUUAAGGAGGCAUGCGCUAGAUGUAUCCCGGUCGAACUAGGGCGCUUGUCUGGUGCAUGGACACAGAUAUACGGGAAUCCAUCUGCUUUGAGAAGCAUAUAUUCAACGCUGUUAAGUCUACGGCCAAUCAGUUUGAAAUCGAAUAUUGUCACCACAGCGAUGACAACGAAAAAAGCAAGUUGUGUUGGUUUUCAAGUUAAGAAGCUGAAAAAACGAGGUUCAAGAUUCUACCUGUAUUUUCGAGAUGACACAAAGCAACAUGAAUUGUAUGAGGUUUGUUUAGAAACAAAUGUGUAUCAUCAUGACUAUAUCGUGUUAGCUGAGACAGAUGGGCCUUACAAGUGUCGAUCUUAUCAUAUUUUUGCAAGAAAUGCUGAGUUAUUCAAGAAAAGAUACUAUGACGAUGUUGAAGUCGUGGACCACAGUAUUAUGCGAGUUGCAGGUUUGCCGAAGCCUCUUUAUUGUCAAGUAAACACUUAA